AUGAUUCCAUUUAUCUUAACAUUUUCGGCCAUAUCAUAUGCCGGACUGCAAAAGAAGGAACAAUCAUUUUUCAAUAAUAAAAUAAUAUUCCUUCAUAUCUAUCUAUCUAUCUAUCUAUCUAUCUAUGACAGUCAGUUCCUAUCUAUCUAUCUAUCUAUCUAUCUAUCUAUCUAUCUAUCUAUCUAUCUAUCUAUCUAUGUCAGUCUGUUCACAUCUAUCUAUCUAUCUAUCUAUCUAUCUAUCUAUCUAUCUAUCUAUGCCAGUCUGUUCGCCUUUAUCUAUCUAUCUAUCUAUCUAUCUAUCUAUCUAUCUAUCUAUCUAUCUAUCUUAAUCUUAUUAAUAUCUAUCUAUCUAUCUAUCUAUCUAUCUAUCUAUCUAUCUAUCUAUCAUAGUCUGUUUUUUAUCCAAAUGUAUAUGAUCUCAUUUCCCUGUAUUAAUAUCUAUCUAUCUAUCUAUCUAUCUAUCUAUCUAUCUAUCUAUCUAUCUAUCUAUCUAUGUUCAUAUUUAUCUGUUUGUCUAUUUAUCUCAGCCUAUUCAUAUCUAUCUAUCUAUCUAUCUAUCUAUCUAUCUAUGACACCUAUUCAUAUCUAUCUAUCUAUCUAUCUAUCUAUCUAUCUAUCUAUCUCUUCAUAUUUAUGUUUCUAUGUACUCUGUUCAGAUAUAUCUACUCUGUUGAUAUCUAUCUAUCUAUCUAUCUAUCUUAAUCUCUUCCUAUCUCGACCUAUCUAUCAAUCUAUUUAUCCAGAUAGAUAA